AAGCAGAAACUGGAGGAGUUUCUACCUUCAAAGUGGCAACUCUGCUGGAGUUCUAAGUGAUGGAGGCCCAUGAUGAUGACCACAAGAAUGCAAGGAAUCUGCGAAAGGAGCACUUGGGCCCAACACAUCACUAUGUGAUCAACAUGCUGGCCCUCAGGCUGAGCUUGACUCCGACAGCAGUGGAGCAGUUCAUUCUGGACUACUCGCUGGAUCCUUUUGAUGAUUUUUUUGCCAUUAAUGGAAGCUCGAAACUUGCCUUUGUGUAUCAAGCGACAAAACAUCCUGGCCAAGAAUGUGGCCGUGCAAUUCCUGGGCCCCGAAAAGCACUGCGACUCGUCCACGCCAAUUUAUCAAAGAAGCGCCUCACGGGCAUAUAUUGCUCCUUCACUCGGGUCCGAGUGGAUGUUGCUGUGACGGAAGACAACAUACAUCAGGAGACCUAUUUUUCCAUGUUUGACGCCCGCAAUGGCUUCUAUCAAGCCAUCCAGAACAGCUUCAAAAACCUUCUGCCCGGUUUCCAAGCACUGCUAAAAGUUGACAGGACACAGCAGAGAGGCAAGACUAAGUCAAACUUUGAGCAUAUCUUCAAGAACAUCCUUUUGGGCUUAGAUGUGAUCCAGAUGAGCUACCAGAAUGUUAAAUUGGCAGAAACCAAGAACGUUGACUUCAGUAAACUGGCAUCCUUGCAAGAUAUGACCUUAGCAGCAACCGACAGUGACAUGGUUACACAUAUGGAGGAUCUCCUGAUAAAGUGGACAAAGCAAAUUGACCAGGUCCUUUUGGCGACUCAAGCGCUGAAGCAAGGUCUUGUGACGGAGGGGCCGCUGAGCGAGCUGGAUUACUGGAGGCAAACGCUCUUGAAGUUCAACUCCAUCCUCAAUCACAUCAACAGCACAAAAUGCAAGGCCGUCAUAACCGUGCUCAGACUUAACCGCUCCAAAGCACUGAAGGUGUGGCCGAUGCUGGAGUCCAGGGUGACGGACAACUUCAACGAGGCCAAGGACAAUGUCAAGUUCCUGGACACGCUGGCGAAAGUUUGCCAGCCUCUUUAUACCAGCGACCCGGCCACCAUUGUGAAAAGCGUGCAGAACAUCAUUAACGCGGUUCAGAUGAUCCACACGGUGUCGCGGUACUACCACACCAGUGAAAAGAUAUCCUCCAUCUUCAUCAAAGUCACAAACCAGAUGAUCAUAGCGUGCAGGCGAUACAUUUCCAACAACGGCACAGCCAUAUGGGGCCAAGAUGGGAAAACUGUUGUGAUGAAAAUACAGGAGUGCCUUGGUUUGUAUCGGGAGUAUGAGUCUUGCUUGAAGAAUACACAGGAAAAAUCAAAAGAAAUGCCAGGACAGAGGCCCUUUGGUUUCUCAGAGAUGCACGUGUUGAGGAAGUUUGAGGUCUUCUGCAAGCGUCUCGAACAUAUCACCAAAAUAAUGUCAGUGUUCAAGACGUUCGAGUGCCUGGCCAAGUCCAACAUCGAGGGCAUCGAGACUCUGGCCGGGCAGUUCCGCAAAGUCUCCGCCGAGCUGAAGAACAAGCAGGCGGAUGUGUUUGCGUCAAGGACGGUGGCCUUCGAAGCGGACUACGACGUCUUCAUGUCUCAUAUAAGUACCCUGGAGGAGCUGCUAAAAGUUUUCAUGAACUCAAGUUAUGCCAAGUUUGACACAGCCCAGCAAGCUCUCGGUGUAAUACAACGUUUUCAGAAACUAAACAUUCCCUGUCUGAAGGCGGAAAUGCCCGUUGCUUUGUGCGCUAUUCUCCAGCUCUACGUCUCAGAAGUGGAGGCGGUGGCAAAGCUAUUUGACAAGCAAAACGAGGAUCCGCCUAUGAGUCGAAACAUGCCGCCUGUCUCCGGCAGGCUCCGCUGGGCUCGCCACCUUUACAAGAAAAUACAUGAGCCCAUAUCGUACAUACGCGAGAACUCCGACAUCCUGACCACCCCCGAGGGACGCGCUGUCGUCAAAUUGUACAAUCAGACUACGGCCGCAUUGCAACGCUUUGAGUCGGACCAGCACAAAGCUUGGGCAGCCGAAGUGUCCAAACUAUAUUAUGCCUUGAAUACAACGCUAUUGAUUCGCUGCACCGUUACGGGCAAGUACUUGGUCAACUUUGAUACCAAAAUAAGUGAAGCCAUUCAGGAGGCCAGCAGUUUGGUGAAGAUGGGCCUGGAAGUCCCCAAGCAGGCUUUGCAUUUCCUCAAGUGUGAGCACCAAUUAAAGACGUAUCACCAUCGUCUUCACACCAUUGUGAUAGAGUACAAGCAAAUUUGUGAGAGCAUCCCAGAGGAUUUUAACAACAUGAUGACAUCAAAGACCAACCAAAUUGAUUCCCUCCUUCGCUACGGUUCAGUGAUGGUCAUGUGGUCAUCGCUGCUUCUGGAGAAGUACUUUACAAAUAUUGACAUUACCUUGGCUGAACUCAAGCAAAUCUUGAAGAAGGUGCAAGACAUCUGUAAGUUUCACAUUGACAAUUAUCUCCAAGAGGUCUCUGAGACCGUUCUCAUCCAUCUGCCCGAAGAUCGCUCCUCUGCAAUUGAGCCCCUUCUUCAACUCACUGAGAGCCUGUGCCAGAAGGGGAUCAAAAGAGUAGAACACAAGUGCUAUCACGUGAAGGAAGCGGUGAACGAGCUGGGCAAAGUGUUUAAUUCCAUUUACAAGUCCAAGCAAACCACGAAGGCCGCAGACAGUUCUGCACCGAAGGAGAACCAGCGAAUCUCCGACAAUGCAACAGAGGGCCAAGAAAAGUACAAAGCUACACGCUUUGAAAAGGAAUUCACUAAGCAAUAUGACUCCUUUGCUGCGAGGAUUUUGGAUGCACUAGUAGAAAUGACCAAGUUGUCUCUGAAGACUUUGGAGCGGCGAGUGUCCGGCCCCGACUUAUUCCAGAAGAAGGCUGGCGAUGCCUGGGUCCCCAUGAUGAAAGCGGAAGUACAUCUAAAUGCACCCAAUGUGGUGAUGGUCCCCACUGUGGAACAGAUUCAUCACGCCAUACUUGAAACCAAUGAAUGUCUCUUGGGAGUCAGCAAGGGCAUUCAAUGCUGGGAGGUGGAGUACAGGCAUGAAAGCUCACCCACUGAAGGGCGGGAGAAAUUGGACUUUUACACACGCGUCAGCAAUCACGACGAUAUCAAAGCGGUCAUUUUCGCCAUAAAGUCAGUGCUGAAGUUGCAGAGGGACAACGCCGCCACCGUUAUAGAUCGCUUUAAGAGGUUCAAGGAGCUGUGGGGCAAGGACAAAGAGCACGUCAUCAAGGCAUUCAUUGACAGCAAUCCGUCUUUGAUUGAGAUAAAAAGUAAAUUGCACCACUAUGACAUGCUUGAGAACCAAAUCGAGGCAAUCCAGAACAUCAUUGUUGUUGGGAUGAUUGAACUGUCAACAAAUCACUUAAAAGGGUCCCUCAUGGUGGAGGCCAAGGCUUGGAAGAAGCUGCUGUGCAAAUAUUUGCACGUACAGUGCAGGAAGAACAUCAUUGACAUCAGCCUGCAGACCCACAAGAGCUUCACGCAGCUGUCUCAUCCCAUUACAAAUCUGGAUGACGUUCGCUGCUCCAUGAAGACGCUGGCCAACCUGCGCGAUUCGGAAAUUAACACCGACAUAACGCUCGUUUCCACUCAAGAUGCCUACGAACUGCUGAUCCUUUAUGAAGCAGAAAUGCCAGAGAAGGAACCGGGAGAGGUGUACGGACUCGGCCGUUUCUCCGUCAGGCUUCUGUCCAAGGCUAUGUCCGUUCAGGAUCAGCUUUUCCGUAUGCAGCCCCACCUCAAGCAGGACCUGAUGGAGCGCGUCGGCGUCUUUGAGAAAGAUGUCGACACAUUCAUGGACAACUAUGAUGAUGAAGGUCCUAUGGUUGAAGGAACAGAACCGAAGGAAGCCAGCCGCAGGCUCCAGGCCUUCCAGGCCAGGUUUUCCGAGCUGUGGCGAAAUUUCACCAUCUACAACUCCGGCGAGCAGCUCCUCGGCCUGCCUGUCUCUGAUUACGAAUGCCUUCAAAAUAAAAAGAAAGAGCUGGACCUGCUUCAGAAGCUCUACGGCCUAUACGACACUGUGAUGAAGACCAUCAGUGGUCACUCCAAGCUCCUGUGGACACAAGUGGAUAUUGAGAAGAUCAAUAAUGAGCUUAUGGACUUCCAGAACAGGUGCCGACGUCUUCCCAAGGCCCUGAAGGAGUGGCAGGCUUUCAACGACCUGAAGCAGACCAUCGACGACUUCAGCGAGCUGUGUCCUCUGCUGGAGAUGAUGACCAACAAGUCAAUGAUUCGCAGGCACUGGGAUCAGAUCUCCAACAUGACUGGCCACGAGUUUGAGGUUGACUCACCCACCUGCAUUCUGGGUGACAUCAUGGAGGCGCCGCUGUUGACGUUCAAAGACGACAUUGAGGAUAUCUGCAUAUCGGCCGUGAAAGAAAGGGACAUCGAGGCCAAGUUGACGGGUGUGAAAAUGGUGUGGCGUGACCAAAACUUGACGCUGAAUAGCUUCAAGGACAGAGGGGAGCUCAUGCUGCGAGGCGGUGACACCGCAGAGAUCCUCACCACUCUGGAGGACAGUCUUAUGGUGCUGGGAUCGUUGCUAAGCAAUCGCUACUGCACAUUCUACAAAGCUGAGAUACAGGACUGGGUCUCCAAGCUGUCCACGUCAACAGACGUCAUUGAGCAGUGGGUCAUCGUGCAAAACCUUUGGAUUUACUUAGAGGCCGUCUUUGUCGGGGGUGACAUUGCCAAAGACCUGCCUCAGGAAGCAGAGCGCUUUCAGCAAAUUGACUCAACGUGGAUCGGCGUCAUGGACCGAGCACGAAACGUCCCGAACGUCGUAGAGUGCUGUGUCGGGGAUCCAAUGCUGGGGGAGAUCCUGCCAGAUCUUCAGAAGCAACUGGACUUUUGUCAGAAGUCACUCACAGGGUACCUGGAGAAAAAACGUCUCCUGUUCCCACGGUUCUUCUUCGUGUCUGAUCCCGCUCUCUUGGAAAUCCUUGGGCAAGCGAGCGAUUCUCACACGAUUCAGUCGCAUCUUCUCGGAGUGUUUGACAACGUCAAUGAAGCCGAGUUUGAUGCCGAUGCGUACGACAGCAUUUUGGCUGUCUUGUCUCAAGAAGCGGAGAAAUUACCGCUGGACAAGCCCGUCCUAGCUCAGGGUGCCGUGGAGCUCUGGCUCGGGAAGCUACUGGUGGAGCAGCAGUCAUCGUUGCACACAGUCAUCAAAGCGGCUGAAGACAUGAUCAACGACGAAGAGUUUGACCUCAUACCUUUUCUUGACAAGUUUCAAGCACAGGUGGGCCUGCUUGGAAUCCAAAUGAUCUGGACCAGGGACUCAGAGGAGGCCCUUGAAAAUGCAGAAUUCAGCAAGGAGGUGAUGAUCUUCACCAAGAAGAAAUUCCUGAAUCUUCUCCGAACGCUCAUCAAGCAGACCACCUACGACUUGACCAAAUUUGACAGGGUCAAGUAUGAGACUCUGGUCACCAUCCAUGUGCACCAGAGUGACAUCUUUGAAGAGCUGGUGGCAAAAUCAGUCAAAUCUACCAAUGACUUUGAGUGGCUGAAGCAAAGCAGGUUUUACUACAAUGACAGCAUUGAUAAGGUCAUCGUGUCCAUCACCAAUGUCGACUUUAUUUAUCAGAACGAAUUCCUCGGCUGCACCGACCGUCUGGUCAUCACCCCACUGACUGACAGGUGUUACAUUACAUUGUCCCAGGCCCUGGGCAUGAGCAUGGGAGGAGCCCCUGCUGGGCCAGCAGGUACAGGAAAGACAGAGACCACAAAAGACAUGGGUCGAUGUUUGGGAAAGUAUGUGGUGGUCUUCAACUGCUCUGACCAAAUGGACUUCAGGGGACUCGGCAGGAUUUACAAAGGCCUUGCACAGUCCGGUUCGUGGGGUUGCUUUGACGAAUUCAACAGGAUUGACCUGCCGGUGUUGUCUGUGGCCGCACAGCAAAUUUACAUCGUUCUGGUAGCUCGUAAGACGCACAAAACGAGUUUUAUCUUUACGGAUGGUGACGUUGUUGACCUGAAUCCAGAGUUUGGCCUUUUCAUUACUAUGAACCCCGGUUAUGCUGGUCGUCAGGAACUUCCUGAGAACUUGAAAGUGCAGUUUAGGACAGUCUCCAUGAUGGUGCCUGAUCGACAGAUCAUCAUGAGGGUUAAGCUGGCCAGCUGUGGAUUCAACGAGAAUGUCCUCCUAGCCCAGAAAUUCUUUGUCCUUUAUAAACUAUGUGAAGAGCAGCUUACAAAACAGGUCCACUACGACUUUGGCCUGAGGAACAUCUUGUCCGUGUUGAGGACACUGGGAGCCUGCAAGAGAGCACGUCCCGAUGACUCUGAGUCCAGCACCGUCAUGAGAGUGCUGCGUGAUAUGAAUCUGUCCAAACUGGUGGAUGAGGAUGAGCCGCUCUUCCUCAGUCUCAUCAAUGACUUGUUCCCUGGCAUCAAACUGGACAACAGCUCCUACAAUGAACUACAGGCCGCCGUGAAGCAUCAAGUUGAGCUUGCUGCUUUGGUUAACCACCCCAACUGGAACCUAAAACUGGUUCAGCUCUACGAGACUUCCCUUGUGCGCCACGGCCUCAUGACGCUGGGGCCGAGUGGGGCGGGUAAGACGGCGGUCAUCAACAUCCUAAUGCGGGCGCUGACAGAGUGCGGAACGCCACACAGGGAGAUGCGCAUGAACCCCAAGGCCAUCACCGCGCCGCAGAUGUUUGGCCGUCUCGACGCUGCCACCAACGACUGGACUGACGGGAUCUUCUCCACUCUAUGGAGGAGGACGCUCAAAGCUAAGAAAGGGGAGAUCAUAUGGAUCCUGUUGGACGGUCCCGUGGAUGCCAUCUGGAUUGAAAACCUCAACUCUGUGCUGGAUGAUAACAAAACCCUCACACUGGCAAACGGUGACCGUAUCACCAUGUCGCCGUCUUGCAAGUUGGUGUUCGAGGUGCACAACAUUGAGAACGCCUCUCCGGCCACCGUGUCCCGUGUCGGUAUGGUCUAUAUGAGCUCCUCGGCUUUAAGCUGGGAACCCAUCCUCAAGGGAUGGACAAACAAGCGGAACCCAGAAGAAGCUGAGAACAUCAUUCAUCUGUACAGCAGGAUAUUUUGGGACGCGUAUUCAUUCAUGAGACAGGCCCUAAAACCCAAGAUGCCAUUUUUGGAGUGUAACUACAUCAUGCAGUCUUGCAAUCUGCUGGAGGGCCUCAUCCCAACCAAGCAGAUGGGGGGCCUGGUCAGCGACAAACAUUUGGAGCGGCUCUUCGUCUUCGGCCUCAUGUGGAGUCUCGGGGCCCUAUUGGAGUUGGACGACCGUGACCAAAUGGAGGGUUUUUUCCGAGAGCACAGCAGCAACAUUGAUCUGCCUCACACAAAGGAGGGAGAGACUAUGUUUGAAUUCAUGGUCGGGGCAGAUGGUCAGUGGUGUCACUGGAAUGAGCAUGUAGGGGAGUACGAGUACCCCACAGAUCACGUACCGGACUACGCUUCCAUCCUUGUGCCCAACGUCGAUAACACUAGGACCGCUUUUUUGCUGGAGACUAUUGCGAAGCAGUACAAGGCCGUCUUGCUCAUUGGUGAGCAAGGGACGGCUAAGACAGUGAUGAUCAAAAGCCAUGCCAAGAAGUUUGACCCCGAGACGGACUUAUUUAAGUCGCUCAACUUCUCCUCUGCCACAGAGCCCAUCAUGUUUCAGCGCACCGUGGAGAGCUACAUCGAGAAGAGAAUCGGUAGCACGUACGGACCGCCGGGCGGGCGCAGGAUGACGGUGUUUGUCGAUGACAUCAACAUGCCACUUGUCAACGAGUGGGGAGAUCAGAUCACCAAUGAGAUAGUCCGGCAAAUGAUGGAAAUGGGCGGCAUGUACAAUCUGGACAAACCAGGUGACUUCAUCACCAUCGUGGACGUCCAAAUGCUGGGGGCCAUGAUUCACCCUGGCGGCGGGCGCAACGACAUCCCUCAGAGACUCAAGAGGCAGUUUACCGUCUUCAACUGCACCCUGCCUUCCAAUACGUCCAUUGACAAAAUCUUCGGUGUGGUCGGCUGCGGCUAUUUCCACGAGUGCAGGAAGUUCUCGGAAAAGAUGACAGCCAUGGUGAAAAAGCUUGUGUCAGCUGGGAGAAUUUUAUGGCAGUGGACCAAGAUAAAGAUGCUACCCACACCUUCCAAGUUCCACUACGUCUUCAACUUGCGAGACUUGUCCAGGAUCUGGCAAGGAAUGCUAAAGGUGGAGGCAGAGCAGUGCAAUGACUUUGUAACGAUAUUGGCCCUCUUCAAGAGCGAAUGCACCCGCGUCAUCGCUGACAGGUUCAUUUGCAGCGAGGACAAAGACUGGUUUGAGAACUCUAUAAACCGCGUGGUCAAAGAGCACGUCGACGCCAACCUCGCCGCGUCCAUCCACCAGGAGCCGUACUUUGUUGACUUCUUGCGGGAAGCACCCGAACCGACCGGCGAGGAGGACGAAGACGCCUGUUUUGACGCCCCCCAAAUUUACGAACUUAUCCCUUCUUUUGAAUUCCUCGAGGAGAAGCUCAGGUUCUAUCAGGCAAAGCACAAUGAAGAAGUGAGGGGCUCUCACAUGGACUUGGUGUUCUUCACAGAUGCCAUGACUCACCUUGUCAAGAUCUCACGCAUCAUUCGUACAGAUACUGGCAACGCCCUGCUAGUGGGCGUGGGAGGAUCCGGGAAGCAGAGUUUGACUCGUCUUGCCUCAUACAUAGCUGGAUAUGAAGUGAACCAGAUCACACUGACCAAGUCUUACAAUACAUCUAACUUUAUGGAAGAUCUAAAAAAGUUGUACAAAUCAAGCGGGGCCGAAGGCCGCGGCAUCACCUUCCUUUUUACUGACAAUGAAAUAAAGCAGGAGGCCUUCCUCGAGUACCUGAACAAUGUUCUGUCAUCUGGAGAGGUCUCCAACCUAUUUGCAAAGGAUGAGAUCCAAGAGAUCGCCCAAAACUUGGUUCCGGUGAUGAAAAAGGAAUUUCCUCGCAUUCCACCCACUUUCGACAACCUCUACGACUACUUCAUAUCACGGGCGCGGAAGAACCUACACGUUGUCUUGUGCUUCUCACCGGUGGGACCAAAGUUUCGCUCGAGGUCCCUGAAGUUCCCGGGUUUGAUAUCCGGCUGCACAAUGGACUGGUUUGCCCCAUGGCCCGAGGAGGCUCUGGUGGCGGUGGCUCAUCACUUCCUAUCAGAGUUUCCCAUUGUUUGCUCCUCAGAGGUGAAGGCCUCCAUGGUGACCACCAUGGGCGUGUACCAUCGCAAAGUGUCCGAGACGUGCGAAAGCUACUUUGAACGAUUCAGGAGGAGAACUCACGUCACCCCCAAAUCAUACCUGUCAUUCAUCAAUGGCUACAAGACACUCUACCGUCAAAACCAUGAGCACAUUGACACGCUUGCUGAGCGCAUGAAUGUCGGGUUGGCCAAACUGGUGGAGGCCAGCGUGUCUGUAGCUAAGCUCUCCAAAGAGCUGGAAGUGAGCGAGAAAGAGUUGGUGGUGGCCUCUGCCAAAGCCGACAAGGUGUUAGCCGAGGUGAUGGUCCGAACUGAAGCGGCCACUAUCAUCAAGAAUGAGGUCCAGAUCGUGAGUGAUAAAGCCCAGAUGAUCGUGGAUGAAAUCACGCACGAGAGGGCCAUUGCUGAAGAAAAACUGGAGGCGGCCAAGCCGGCAUUAUUGGAGGCCGAAAAUGCACUGAACACUAUCAAGCCUACUGAUAUCGCCACUGUGAGAAAACUGGCCAAGCCACCUCAUUUGAUCAUGAGGAUCAUGGACUGCUGCCUGCUGUUGUUCCAAAGAAAGUUGGAGACCAUCACUGUGGAUCCCAACCUGCCUUGUCUCAAGCCAUCAUGGCCGGAUGCUCUCAGGCUAAUGGGCAGCACAGGCUUCUUGGCAUCGCUGCAGCAGUUCGUCAAGGACAAGAUUAACGAGGAGACUGUGGAGCUGCUGUGUCCCUACUUUGAAAUGGAGGACUACACCAUGGAAAAUGCCAAGAAGGUGUGCGGCAGCGUGUCAGGUCUGCUUGGGUGGACCAGGGCUAUGGCCAUCUUCUAUGACAUCAACAAGGAAGUGCUGCCGCUCAAGGCUAAUCUGGCGGUUCAGGAAGUGCGCUACAAAAAAGCCAGUGCGGAGCAAAUGGCAGCCCAGGCCACGCUGGCCGAAAAGGAAGCCGAGCUGGCCCUGGUUCAAGCGAAGAGCGACGCUGCUAGCAAAGAGAAGCAGGAAUUGGUGGAUCGUUCCGAGAUGUGUAAGAAUAAAAUGCAGGCCGCCUCCGAUCUCAUCGGUGGACUGAGUAACGAGAAAGUUCGCUGGACUGAACAAAGCAAAGAAUUUAAAUCUCAGAUCAAGAGACUGGUGGGCGACGUCCUGCAGCUCACCGGUUUCCUGUCAUACUGCGGCCCCUUCAACCAGACUUUCCGUGACAUGUUGCUGGAGAUGUGGAAGAACGAUCUCAUUUCCAACAAAAUCCCAUUCACCGAAAACCUCAACCUCAUCUCCGCGCUGGUGGACGCUCCCACGAUCAGCGAGUGGAAUCUUCAGGGGCUGCCUGGAGAUGACUUGUCGGUGCAGAACGGCAUCAUCGUCACCAAAGCGUCACGCUAUCCUCUCCUGGUUGAUCCCCAGACUCAAGGAAAAACUUGGAUCACUGCAAAAGAGAAAGCCAAUUCCCUGCAGCUGACGUCCCUCAACCACAAGUAUUUCCGUACGCAUUUGGAGGACUCCAUAUCCUUGGGCAGGCCGCUGCUUAUUGAAGAUGUGGGCGAGGAGCUGGACCCUGCUCUUGACAACAUUCUGGAGAAGAACUUCUUCAAAUCCGGCUCCAACUACAAGGUGAAGGUGGGAGACAAGGAUGUGGACGUGUCCAACAAUUUCCGCCUUUACAUCACCACCAAACUGCCAAAUCCGGCGUACACGCCAGAGGUGAGCGCCAAGACGUCCAUCAUCGAUUUCACCGUCAACAUGAAAGGUCUGGAGGACCAGCUGCUGGGUCGCGUCAUCCUUGGCGAGAAGAAGGAACUCGAGAACGAGAGGCUGAAGCUCAUUGAGGAUGUGACUUCCAACAAAAGGAAGAUGCAGGAGCUGGAGGACAACCUGCUGUACAAACUGAGCUCCACAAAAGGUUCCCUGGUGGACGACGACUCCAUGAUCGGCAUUUUGACCACUACCAAGCAAACGGCCGCCGAGGUGAGCGUCAAGCUGAACAUCGCGGCCGAGGCGGAGGAGAAAAUCAAAGCGGCUCAGUCCGAAUAUCGUCCGGUGGCGUGCCGAGGUAGCAUCCUUUACUUCCUCAUCACCGAGAUGAGCAUGGUCAACGUCAUGUACCAGACGUCCCUCGGUCAGUUCCUCAAAAUCUUCGACAUUUCGCUGGCCAGGUCCGAGAAGUCGGCCAAAACCAGCAAACGAAUCGUCAACAUCAUCGAAUACCUGACGUAUGAAGUCUUCAGGUACACGGUGCGCGGGCUGUACGAAAACCACAAGUUCAUCUUCACAAUACUGAUGGCGCUUAAGAUCGACCUGCAGAACGGCAGGAUACAACACAGCCAAUUUCAGACUCUCAUCAAAGGUGGCGCUGCACUCGACCUGAAGGCGUGCCCCCCGAAGCCCUUCACCUGGGUCCUGGACAUUGUGUGGCUGAACCUCGUGGAACUCAGUAAACUUCCUCAGUUUGCAAGCAUCCUCAAUCAGGUGGGUAAAAGUGGAAAACAUUGGAAAGUGUGGGCCAACGGCGAUGCCCCGGAGGAAACCGUCAUCCCAGAUGGCUACAACAACCUGGAUGUAUUCAGUAAACUCAUGCUUAUCAGGUCCUGGUGUCCAGAUCGCACCCUGGCUCAGGCCAGGAAGUACGUGGCCAACGCCAUGGGCGCCAGGUUCGCCGAGCCUGUCCUGCUGAACCUGCAGGGCACGUGGGAGGAGAGCGACAUCCGCACGCCGCUCAUCUGCUUCCUCUCCAUGGGCUCGGAUCCCACCAACCAAAUAGAAGCGCUGGGCAAGAAGCUCAAUGUCGGAUGUCGGUCCAUCUCCAUGGGACAAGGGCAAGAGGUGCACGCCAGGAAGCUUGUUAAAAUCUCGAUGGCAGAGGGUGGCUGGGUGCUCCUGCAGAACUGUCACUUGGGCUUGGAGUUCAUGGAUGAGUUGUUGGACUACGUCUUAAACACUGAGACUGUCCACAAAACCUUCAGGGUGUGGGUCACCACCGAACCGCACGACCUCUUCUCCAUCACGCUCCUGCAGUCCUCCAUCAAGUUCACCAACGACCCACCGCAGGGACUUCGCGCCAGCUUGAAGCGAACCUUUGUCAGCAUCUCGCAAAACCAGCUGGAAGUCAGCAACCUCCCGACAUGGAAGCCGCUGUUGUACGGUGUGGCCUUUCUCCACUCCGCCGUUCAGGAACGGCGUAAAUUUGGACCCCUGGGAUGGAACAUACCAUACGAGUUCAACUCUGCAGACUUCACAGCCAGUGUGGAGUUUGUGGAGAGACACUUGGAUGACUGCGGGCCCAGAAAGGAUGUUUCCUGGGUGACUCUGCGCUACAUGUUAGCUGAAGUACAGUACGGAGGCAGAGUCACUGACGACUAUGACAAACGCCUACUCAAAUGUUUUGCCCGGGUGUGGUUCAGUAAGAAAAUGUUAGACCCGUCCUUCUGCUUCUACACGGAGUACCAGAUCCCUAUCUGUAAAACCAUCGAGGAGUAUGUGGACUAUAUUCAGGGCUUGCCCGCUGUGGAUUCCACGCAAGCGCUGGGGCUGCACCCCAAUGCUGACAUUGUCUACCAGCGAAAUACAUCUGCCGAGGUGCUCGACACCAUCACCAACAUCCAGCCCAAGGAGAGCGCCGGCGGUUCAGGAGCCACCCGAGAGAGCAUCGUGUACAGCAUGGCGGAGGACAUGCUGGACAAGCUGCCGCGCGACUACAUACCUCACGAGGUCAGAGCCAGUCUGAAGAAGAUGGGCCCUUUCAACCCCAUGAACAUCUUCCUACGCCAGGAGGUGGACCGCAUGCAGAAGAUUAUCUCUUUGGUCCGCAGCACUCUCCUGGAUCUCAAGCUGGCCAUCGAAGGCACCAUUAUCAUGAGUGAGACCUUGCGUGACGCCCUGGACAACAUCUAUGACGCCCGCGUACCCAAUCUGUUUCGGAAGCUCUCAUGGGAUUCUACUACAAUCGGGUUUUGGUUCACUGAGCUCUUGGACAGGAACAGACAGUUUUACAACUGGGUGUUUGCCCGGCGGCCAAAAACCUUUUGGAUGACCGGUUUCUUCAACCCACAAGGUUUCCUCACUGCGAUGAGGCAAGAAGUGACGAGGGCAAACAAGGGCUGGGCUCUGGACUCGGUCACCCUGAACAACAAAGUCACGAAGAAGACCAGGGAGGAAAUCAAGGCCGAUCCAGACGAAGGCGUGUACGUCUACGGCCUGUUCCUGGAGGGCGCCGACUGGGACAAGAAGCAAUCGGUCCUCUGCGAGUCGGCGCCCAAAGUGCUCUUUACGCCCCUGCCCGUCAUCCACAUGUUUGCCAUCAACUCCAUCGCCCCCCCCGACCCCAAGUACUACGUGUGUCCCAUUUAUAAGAAACCCAUGCGUACCGACCUCAAUUACAUCACUGCCGUGAUACUGGGCACCAAUCACCCGCCUGACCACUGGAUAAUGCGAGGCGUCGCCCUCCUCUGCGAUAUCAAAUGAGCGCAUAGACAUGGAUUAUUGUUGUUUCGCUGUUGUCAGCGUGUUUUAUUAAAUGUCACCGAUAUUAUUCCAA